CCCUAGUAAUCAGUUCCCAAAAUGACCCAUUUCCCCUGAAUUCACUGCCAUUCUAGCCAAUUGAGGCCACUGGGUGCCCAGCUCAUUAGCAAAGUUGGAGUCUUUCCACUGAAUAAGGAAGUUGGGGGGAAAUGCAUGUGUUAUCUAAGUGAGGAGAGAAGGAAGCCAUGGAAGGAGACGAGCGUCACGUGCUGCUCGCAUGUUUGAUUUCAGGAACCCUUUUCUCCGUUCUGGGUUCUGCUUCCUUUUCUAUACUCUGGCUUGUCAAUUGGAGGCCCUGGAGGAUCUACAGUUGGAUAUUCGCCAGGAAAUGGCCAGAUAUCUUACAUGGUCCCCAGCUGGAUAUAGUAUGUGGUUUUCUCUCGCUCUCGGCAUGGAUUCUUGUCAUUUCUCCAGUUCUUGUACUAAUCAUUUGGGGAAGCUGGCUAGUUUUAAUAUUGGAUCGACAUAUAAUUGGUCUGGCUGUAAUUAUGGCUGGUACUGCUCUUCUACUGGCUUUCUAUUCAAUCAUGCUCUGGUGGCGAACACAAUGGCAGAGCUCAAGGGCUGUUGCUAUUCUUCUUCUUCUUGCCGUUGCUCUUCUCUGUGCCUAUGAACUAUGUGCUGUAUAUGUUACAGCUGGUUCAAAAGCAUCUCAGCGGUAUUCUCCUUCCGGUUUCUUUUUUGGUGUAUCAGCAAUUGCCUUGGCAAUCAACAUGCUCUUUAUCUGUAGAAUGGUGUUCAAUGGAAAUGGCUUAGAUGUAGAUGAGUAUGUGAGGAAGGCAUACAAAUUUGCUUAUUCUGAUUGUAUAGAAGUGGGUCCUGUGGCUUGUUUACCAGAACCACCAGAUCCAAAUGAGUUAUAUCCUCGACAAUCUAGCAGGGCUUCACAUCUUGGGCUUCUUUACCUUGGCUCACUUGUAGUUCUUCUUGUGUACUCAAUCCUGUAUGGUCUUACUGCAAAGGACUCACGUUGGCUUGGAGCCAUUACAUCAGCUGCUGUGAUAAUUCUUGAUUGGAACAUGGGAGCGUGUUUAUAUGGGUUUGAACUCCUUAACAGUCGUGUUGCAGCGUUAUUUGUUGCUGGAACAUCUCGAAUAUUUCUCAUUUGCUUCGGCGUUCACUACUGGUACUUGGGGCACUGCAUUAGUUAUGCAGUUGUAGCAUCUGUUUUAUUAGGUGCUUCUGUUUCUCGUCAUUUAUCUGUAACAAACCCAUUGGCUGCAAGGAGAGAUGCCUUACAGAGUACUGUGAUACGACUGAGAGAGGGUUUCCGCAAAAAAGAACAUAACAGUUCAUCAAGCUCGUCUGAAGGUUGUGGCUCAAGCAUGAAACGUAGUGGUAGUGUUGAAGCAGGUUGCCUCGGUAAUGUUGUUGAAGCAAGUAACAGGAGCACAACACAGAGCACAGUUGAUGCUAAUAACUGGAGUAAUGUUCUAUUACGAACUGCGAGUUCUCAUGAGGGGAUUAAUAGUGAUAAAAGCAUAGAUAGUGGGAGGCCUAGUAUAGCAUUGUGUAGCAGCUCCUGUCGUUCAGUAAUCCAAGAGCCGGAAGUGGGAACGUCCUUUACUGACAAAAAUUGCGAUCAAAGUAGCACCUUGGUGGUUUGUUCUAGCAGUGGUCUUGAAAGCCAAGGCUGUGAAUCCAGUGCAUCAAAUUCUGCAAAUCAACAAACUUUGGAUUUGAAUUUAGCUUUUGCUUUGCAAGAAAGGUUGAAUGACCCCAGGAUAACAUCUAUGCUAAAGAAGAGGGGAAGACAAGGUGACCUUGAACUAGUUAAUCUUUUGCAGGAUAAAGGAUUGGAUCCUAACUUUGCUAUGAUGUUGAAGGAGAAGAGCUUGGAUCCAACCAUUCUGGCAUUACUUCAAAGAAGCAGUUUGGAUGCUGAUAGAGAUCAUCGUGACAAUACAGAUAUCACCAUAGCUGACUCAAAUAGUGUGGAUAAUGGUUUACCCAAUCAAAUAUCUUUAUCAGAAGAACUGAGGCUUCAUGGGCUUGAAAAAUGGCUCCAAUUAUCUAGGCUUGUUUUGCACCAUGUAGUAGGUACUCCAGAGAGAGCAUGGGUUCUCUUUAGUUUUGUUUUCAUCCUUGAAACAAUUGCUGUGGCAAUUGUCCGUCCAAAGAUAAUCAAAAUAAUAAAUGCGACCCAUCAACAGUUUGAAUUUGGGUUUGCGGUGCUGCUGUUAUCUCCUGUCGUCUGUUCAAUCAUGGCUUUUCUUCGAUCGCUUCAAGCAGAGGAAAUGGUCAUGACCUCUAAGCCGCGCAAGUAUGGUUUUGUUGCUUGGCUGCUGAGCACCUGUGUUGGAUUAUUGCUUUCCUUCUUGAGCAAAUCAUCAGUUCUUCUGGGACUGUCAUUGACUGUUCCCGUCAUGGUGGCAUGCCUUUCUGUUGCCAUUCCAACAUGGAACCGUAAUGGCUACCAAUUUUGGGUUCCUCAAUUACAUUGUGCAGGUUCUGCAGGGAACCAACAAAUUCGGGGAACAAAAGAGGGUGUUAUUCUUGUCUUCUGCACAACAUUAUUUGCUGGAUCUGUACUAGCUCUUGGCACAAUAGUGUCUGCAAAGCCCUUGGAUGACUUGGGAUACAAAGGAUGGACGGGUGAACAGAAAAGCUUUACAUCUCCUUAUGCAUCAUCUGUGUACAUUGGCUGGGCUAUGGCUUCUGCGAUUGCUUUAGUGGUUACUGGUGUACUGCCGAUUGUUUCAUGGUUUGCAUCCUACCGGUUCUCCCAUUUUUCUGCUGUGUGUGUCGGGAUAUUUACGGCUGUCCUUGUGUCAUUUUGCGGUGCAUCUUACAUCGAGGUUGUGAAAUCUAGAGAUGACCAAGUUCCUACAAAGGGUGACUUCCUUGCUGCUUUACUUCCUUUAAUUUGCAUUCCAGCAUUUCUGUCUCUGUGCUCUGGGCUGUAUAAAUGGAAGGAUGAUAAUUGGAAGCUUUCUCGGGGUGUGUAUAUCUUUGUAACCAUAGGUCUUCUUCUUCUGCUCGGAGCAAUAUCAGCUGUUAUAGUCGUAGUUACACCAUGGACGAUUGGGGUAUCAUUUCUUUUAGUUCUUCUCAUGAUUGUACUGGCUAUUGGUGCUAUACAUCAUUGGGCCUCAAACAACUUUUAUUUGACAAGGACCCAGACAUUCUUUGUUUGUUUCCUCGCUUUUCUUUUGGCACUGGCUGCACUUCUUGUUGGAUGGUUUGAAGAUAAACCAUUUGUCGGUGCUUCUGUUGGCUACUUUUUGUUUUUGUUUCUUCUUGCCGGGAGAGCAUUGACUGUUCUUCUUUCACCUCCUAUUGUUGUUUAUUCUCCAAGAGUUCUCCCUGUUUAUGUUUAUGAUGCUCAUGCAGAUUGUGCAAAGAAUGUCAGUGCUGCAUUUCUUGUGCUUUAUGGGAUUGCAUUGGCAACUGAGGGCUGGGGUGUUGUUGCGAGUUUGAAAAUUUAUCCACCAUUUGCUGGUGCCGCUGUAUCAGCAAUUACUCUUGUUGUAUCCUUUGGGUUUGCUUUCUCUCGUCCCUGCUUGACCCUCAAGAUGAUGGAAGAUGCCGUACACUUUCUUAGUAAAGAAACCGUUGUUCAAGCGAUUGCUAGAUCUGCCACCAAGACCAGAAAUGCUUUAUCUGGAACUUAUUCGGCUCCACAGAGGUCUGCCAGUUCAGCUGCUCUUUUAGUUGGAGAUCCCACGAUAAUGCGUGAUAGGGCAGGAAAUUUUGUGCUUCCCAGAGCAGAUGUCAUGAAAUUGAGAGAUCGCUUAAGAAAUGAGGAGCUAGUUGCAGGAUCAUUUUUCGGAAGAAUGAGAUAUGGAAGGACAUUCCGCCAUGAGCCACCUAGUAGUAUCGAUCACAGAAGAGAGAUGUGUGCUCAUGCACGAAUAUUGGCUUUGGAAGAGGCGAUUGAUACUGAAUGGGUAUAUAUGUGGGAUAAAUUUGGUGGUUAUCUGCUUCUUUUGCUUGGUUUGACUGCUAAGGCAGAGCGAGUACAGGAUGAGGUACGCUUGAGACUCUUUCUUGAUAGCAUAGGAUUUGCAGACUUAAGUGCCAAGAAAAUAAAAAAGUGGAUGCCAGAGGACCGUAGGCAGUUUGAGAUUAUUCAGGAGAGUUACCUAAGAGAAAAGGAGAUGGAAGAGGAACUCUUGAUGCAAAGACGUGAAGAGGAGGGGAAAGGCAAAGAGAGAAGAAAGGCUCUCUUGGAGAAGGAAGAACGCAAAUGGAAGGAGAUAGAAGCGUCUUUAAUUUCUUCUAUUCCUAAUGCUGGCAGCAGGGAAGCUGCAGCUGUGGCAGCUGCAGUGCGUGCAGUAGGGGGUGAUUCAGUUCUUGAUGAUUCUUUUGCUAGAGAGAGAGUUUCAAGCAUUGCGCGUCGGAUACGCACAGCUCAGCUAACUCGGCGAGCACUUCAGACUGGAAUUUCGGGUGCUGUAUGCGUUCUAGACGAUGAACCGACAACAAGUGGCAGGCACUGUGGCCAGAUUGAAUCCAGCAUCUGUCAAAGUCAGAAGAUCAGCUUUUCCAUUGCAGUGAUGAUUCAACCCGUGUCUGGGCCUGUUUGCCUAUUAGGCACUGAGUUUCAAAAGAAAAUUUGCUGGGAAAUAUUGGUUGCCGGUUCCGAGCAAGGAAUUGAAGCUGGACAAGUUGGGCUUAGAUUGAUCACUAAAGGCGACAGACAAACUACUGUUGCAAAGGAAUGGAGUAUUGGUGCAACUAGUAUUGCAGAUGGAAGGUGGCAUUUGGUAACAAUGACAAUUGAUGCUGAUUUAGGUGAGGCCACUUGCUAUCUCGAUGGUGGUUUUGAUGGCUACCAGACCGGUUUACCAUUGCAUGUGGGCAAUACUAUUUGGGAGCUAGGAACCGAAGUUUGGGUAGGUGUUAGACCGCCUACAGAUAUGGAUGCAUUUGGGAGGUCAGAUAGUGAAGGGGCUGAGUCUAAGAUGCAUAUUAUGGAUGUGUUUUUAUGGGGAAGGUGCUUAACGGAGGAUGACAUUGCUGCUCUCCAUGCAGCUGUUGGGUCAGCUGACACUAGUAUGAUAGAUUUUCCUGAAGAUGCUUGGCAGUGGGCAGAUUCACCUUCUAGAGUUGAUGAAUGGGAUAGUGAUCAUGCCGAAGUAGAACUAUAUGAUAGGGAUGAAGUUGAUUCGGAUGGGCAAUAUUCAAGUGGGAGGAAAAGAAGGUCAGAACGUGAUGGAGUUCUGGUUGAUAUGGAUUCUUUUGCCAGGAGAUUUAGGAAACCUAGGAUGGAAACACAAGAAGAAAUAAAUCAACGUAUGCUUUCUGUUGAAUUGGCUGUCAAAGAAGCUCUCUGUGCAAGAGGAGAAACAAAUUUUACUGAUCAGGAGUUUCCUCCAAAUGAUCAAUCAUUAUUUGUAGAUUCAGAAAAUCCCCCCUCAAAGUUGCAGGUCGUUUCAGAAUGGAUGAGGCCUGCUGAUAUUGUAAAAGAGAGCAGGCUUGGUGCUCGGCCCUGCUUAUUUUCUGGCACUGUGAAUCCUUCUGAUGUUUGUCAGGGUCGACUGGGUGAUUGUUGGUUUUUGAGUGCUGUUGCUGUUCUGACGGAAGUUUCUCGAAUAUCGGAAGUUAUUAUUACUCCAGAAUAUAACGAGGAAGGAAUCUACACUGUCCGCUUCUGUAUUCAGGGUGAGUGGGUUCCUGUUGUUGUUGAUGAUUGGAUUCCAUGCGAAUCACCGGGUAAACCAGCAUUUGCUACUAGCAGAAAAGGUAACGAGUUGUGGGUCUCUUUACUGGAGAAGGCAUAUGCCAAAUUGCAUGGCUCCUAUGAAGCUUUAGAAGGUGGACUUGUCCAAGAUGCUCUUGUAGACCUCACUGGAGGUGCGGGGGAAGAGAUUGACAUGAGGAGUGCUCAGGCCCAAAUUGAUCUUGCGAGUGGUCGAUUAUGGUCUCAGUUGUUGCGCUUCAAACAGGAGGGAUUUCUUCUGGGUGCUGGAAGUCCAUCUGGUUCAGAUGUACAUAUUUCCUCCAGUGGCAUUGUCCAAGGUCAUGCUUACUCAUUAUUGCAGGUGAGAGAGGUGGAUGGUCACAAGCUUAUUCAGAUUCGGAAUCCAUGGGCCAAUGAAGUCGAGUGGAAUGGCCCUUGGUCUGACUCAUCGCCUGAAUGGACUGAUAGGAUGAAGCACAAGCUGAAGCAUAUUCCACAGUCAAAAGAUGGCAUAUUCUGGAUGUCCUGGCAAGACUUCCAAAUUCAUUUUCGAUCAAUAUAUGUUUGCCGUAUCUAUCCCCCAGAGAUGCGCUACUCUGUUCACGGCCAAUGGCGAAGUUAUAGUGCUGGUGGUUGCCAAGACUAUGAGACAUGGCAUCAAAAUCCACAAUUCCGAUUGCGGGCCACAGGGCCAGAUGCCUCAUUUCCAAUUCAUGUAUUCAUUACAUUGACACAGGGUGUGAGCUUCUCAAGAACAGUUGCUGGUUUCAGAAACUAUCAAUCCAGCCAUGAUUCAAUGAUGUUCUAUAUUGGGAUGAGGAUACUCAAAACCCGAGGCCGCCGAGCUGCUUACAAUAUAUACCUACAUGAAUCAGUUGGUGGGACAGAUUAUGUUAAUUCACGAGAAAUAUCGUGUGAAAUGGUUUUGGAUCCAGAUCCAAAAGGUUACACAAUAGUCCCAACAACUAUACACCCUGGCGAAGAAGCUCCAUUUGUUCUUUCUGUUUUUACAAAAGCAUCAAUAACCUUGGAAGCCUUGCACUGAUGGCUCUUCAGUUAUUUUCUUCUCCUUCGGUCUGAGAGCGCAUUUGCAGGGAUUUGAAUGCUUGGUUUGGACGUGGACUAUGUUUCCCUGCUGGCAGGUUAUCGGCCACAAAUCAGAAAUGAUGACAAGGCCAGACAUACACUAUGUAAGCGAGUCUCUCACGACUUCAAAUGCAAAGAUGGGCCAGGUAGCAGGUGAUACCCUACGGCAGAACUCAGCUCUACAGCUCAGUCGCAUCCAAGUGUCAAGAGUUCUCAGUGAAAGAAUCAGUAAGAUUGAAUGCGAUGAUGUGAUGUGAACUGGUGCUUGUGAAACUAAAAACUAAAGGCUCCCUUGACUUGGCCGCCAAGUAUAUCUAUCCUUCACUUCUGCAGUAUCAACCAGGGAAGAGGGCUUUCUGUGGGUUUUGUAAGUUUAUGUAUGUGUACAUACAACUAACUGUUUUGUAGGGAUGGAUAUAGGAUAGAGUUGAUCUUGUAAAUGAGGGGGAAAUAGGAGGAAAGGAAUAGGAAUGUUUAGUUCAAGGGAAAUAUAAGUUAGCAAAUUUAGCUAGAAUCCUGUGUUGUUCAAGCCGAUGCAGUUUUGAAUUUGAGGGUGUCAUAUUAGAGCCAUUAAUUGUACAAAUAUUUGACAUUUUCAAUGCAAGCUGUAUUGUUUC